GUCUUUGUCAUUUUUGUCAAUGUCAUUUGUCAAACUGGCGUGUCUCCUUUAAAUAAAAUUUUAACUGAGAUUUUGUUCUGAAUUGAAAUAAAAGUUUUUGUAAAAAGGAACGUGACAAUGUCUAGUACAUCUCAGAAACACAGAAAUUUUGUUGCCGAACCCAUGGGUGAGAAGCCCGUAACAGAAUUAGCUGGUGUAGGCGAAGUACUUGGGGAUCGACUAAUUCAAGCUGGAUUCGACAAGGCCUUUGUAGUUCUCGGUCAGUUUCUGGUUUUAAAAAAGAACCAGGAUUUAUUUAAGGAAUGGAUGAAAGAUACAUGUUCAGCAAAUUCAAAGCAAUCAACCGACUGCUGGCAAUGCCUUAACGAUUGGUGUGAAGAAUUCUUGUAAAUAUUUUUAAAUUGUAUUUAUAAUCGAUAGAUCUUUGCCAAUAGCCUUAAGCAUAAAAUAUUAAGGUAUAUAUAUUCAAAUAAUAUACAUGUAUAAAAUAAAUGUAAAAUGUAAAAGAAAAAAUGUGCCUAAAUGUUUAUAUUUUAAUAAUAAAUACUCUUGUUAAAA